AUGAUUUCUCUGGUCACUGGACGCGAUUAUCCAAUGGCGCCCACAUCGGUCUAUGUCGCUUCCAACAAGCAUCAAAUGGACGGUGUGACAUCAUUGGUCGAAGGAUUUGAAGACGCCGAUUACCUUCUCGGUUGUCAUUUGGGAAACGAAGAAGUAGUUGGUUCCCAAAAAGAGUUCCAGAUGAAGUACCCCAAGAACGAAACCAAAGUUAUUCACAUGUGCAUGACCCGUUAUCGACCGCAUUACGUAGAACACGGCAUCAACUAUUUCUCGUUCUACGUCAAUCGCGAUGAUCACCCCGGAUACCCGGUGCAGGUCGACGGUGAGGACUUCCAUCCUCUUUGGUUUGGGGUUUUCCACAAAUGCGGAAAUUUUUUCCUUGCGGCGUUAUGGUCAAAAAAACGUGUCGUAUUCAUUCGAUCGGCCGUCCUCUUCUUACCAGUGAUCGAUAAUUUGCCGAUUUUACGUUAUCGCUCGUAUUUGGGCAUCAACACCUCGGAUUUGUACGAGUUGCAAUCCGCAUGUGAGAAAAUUGUGAAUUCGUCUCAAAAAUCGAACAAAAUUAGUGAAGAGGAUCAGAAAAAAUUAACGGAACAAUUCGAUAGUUUCGAAUUGACAAAAUUUACAUAUGGUAGAAAGAUUGGUAAAGACGGAGAAUACAUUUAUAUAGCGGCCCGUGACGACGACGAGUUUGUGCCGAGUGCAUCGGGCGGUUUGAACAUCAACAAAUCGGCCGACCCGUCAAAGAGUCUUCCCUGUGUUUCUUGGCCUAUCGUCACUCUUGAUGAAGACGAGGAUGACGAUGAUGACCAACCAGGCCCCAGUUCUCGUGCCCCUCGAACACUCAGCAAUAAUGGUAGCAACUCCGGUCUCAACAACCGCGGCGGUGCGAAGACGACGACGACGGCGGCGGC